AUGCUAAUCCACAGAAGAAGAGACAAGUGAAGAAGAACUAAAUACAAAUCACAAGAGAUUAUCAAAAUCAAACAGAAGCUGAUGCUGAGACACGGACUCAAACCACAAAACCUGACACAAAGACAGAAAGCCUCACACAGAAAUGACGCAUUUUCCAUCACCGGUAUAAAACCACAGCAUCAUUCUUCGCCAGGAGCCGACACUCACAGUUUACAGCCUCUCUGCACUUCUCGGCAGUUCAGCUGACCGCUAUGCGCUCUACACGGUCUUCCCGUGCCGUGCGCUCUGCAGAAUAAAACUUCUCCAGUGGCAUCGAAGUGGCCCAACAAUGGAGGGCACAAACAACACGACCGCCUGGCUUCAACUCGACAACUCUUCAAACAAAGCUCCACAACAAGAAGACGAGGAGGUGAAACUCAGCUAUCAAGUGGUCACAUCCUUCCUGCUCGGCGCGCUCAUCCUGUGCGCAAUAUUUGGGAACGCGUGCGUGGUUGCAGCCAUCGCGCUGGAGCGCUCUCUCCAGAAUGUCGCCAAUUAUCUGAUCGGCUCUCUUGCCGUCACGGACCUGAUGGUGUCGGUGCUGGUGCUGCCCAUGGCGGCGCUCUACCAGGUCUUGAAUCGGUGGACUCUCGGGCAGAUUCCGUGCGACAUCUUCAUCUCACUGGAUGUGCUCUGCUGCACGUCGUCCAUCCUGCACCUGUGCGCCAUCGCUCUGGACAGAUACUGGGCCAUAACAGAGCCCAUAGACUAUAUGAAGAAGAGGACCCCGAGGAGAGCCGCAGUCCUCAUAAGCGUCACUUGGCUGGUAGGGUUCUCCAUCUCCGUGCCGCCUAUGCUGAUCAUGCGCUCACAACCCAGCAGCAUGGCAGAGGACAGGGCGAACCCCAAGCAGUGUAAGAUAAGGCAAGACCCCUGGUACACAAUAUACUCCACAUUCGGGGCUUUUUACAUCCCACUAACUCUGAUGUUGGUUUUAUACGGGCGGAUAUUCAAAGCGGCCCGGUUCCGCAUCAGGAGGACGGUGCGUAAAACGGAGAAGAAGAAAGUGUCCGACUCCUGCCUGGCGCUCUCUCCCGCCUUGUUCCAUAAGAAGGUCCAAGGAGAUACGCAGGCCAAGAGCUGGAAAAGGAGUGUGGAGCCCCGGCCGCUGCCGAGCGUCAACGGCGCGGUGAGACACGCGGAAGACGGCGAGUCUCUGGAGAUCAUCGAAGUUCACAGCAACUCUAAAGGCAACCUGCCGCUGCCCAACACUCCGAGCUCCGUGCCGCUCUUCGAGAGCAGGCAUGAGAAGGCGACGGAAGCGAAGAGGAAGAUAGCGCUGGCACGGGAGCGCAAAACGGUGAAGACUCUGGGCAUCAUCAUGGGCACGUUCAUCCUCUGCUGGUUGCCUUUCUUCAUCGUCGCCCUGGUCAUGCCUUUCUGCCAGGAGUCGUGCUACAUGCCCCGCUGGCUGGAGGAUGUCAUUAACUGGCUGGGCUACUCCAACUCCUUACUCAACCCCAUCAUUUAUGCGUACUUCAACAAAGACUUUCAGAGCGCUUUCAAGAAAAUCAUCAAGUGUCACUUUUGCAGACCGUGAUGGUUCAAGUUUGCGCGUGCGUGUGCGCCCGGGACACCACCGUAGACUCAUCGGAUCCCUGAGGGCUGAUCUGGAGACAUCCAGGUGAAAAGAGACCAACAGCCUGGGAACAGAUUGUUCUGAAACAAGAACUGAGGGCUCACAAUGAUUAUUGCCGCUCAUCACCAUCGUUAAAUAUCUCCAGAGAUGUCUGUAGCCUAUGCAUAGAUAAAGCUCUGAUCGUUUGAUUCAAGCUCCAUGUUGCUCAUCCUGUUCUUUGAUGUCCAAUUAAAAAAAACAUUUUUUUAAAUACUUCCCCCCACGAAGUCGUUAUUUUAACACUUUUAAAU